CUGCUUCUAGAAAUUCCUCUUUGCUUCUGCUCACAUUCAAAUAUUUAUUAUAGAAUUUUUAUGUGGCCUCUGCUUUAGUAUGUUACAUAACUUCUUCUAAGCACCUCAUGUUGAAGAACUUGGUUUUGUUCAGUUGAGAAUGGAUAGGAGUUGGAUGCGUGCAGCAAGGUCUUCCGCCGAGUAUUCUGAAGGAACUAGCAACUUCAUAAAAUUUGCUUUUCGUACGCCAGCAAAAAGUAAUAGUAUUCUCUGCCCUUGCAAGAUAUGUGUAAACUCUCAUUGGUUAGGUGAACUUGAAGUCUAUGAUCAUUUGAUUUAUGAUGGAUUCAUGGCUGGAUAUACCACAUGGAUUCAUCAUGGAGAAAGUAUGCGGCCCUCCGAAACAACUUCAGGUCCUAGUUCACAGUUUGAAGAAUAUGCUGAUAGUGAUGAGAUGGAUGAGAUGCUACUGGAAGGAUUCGGGAUGUAUGAUACUCGUACUUUAGGAGAGGAGCAAGAGUCUGAAGAUGACUUGGACGAUGAUGCUGAAGCAUACUAUAGAUUAGUUAAUGAUGGACGCCAAGAGCUGUACCCAGGUUGCAAAAGAUUCUCGAAGCUGCAAUUUUUGGUGAGGUUGCUUCACAUCAAGAAUAUGAGGGGAAUGAGCAAUGUCUGCUUUGAUGAGGUAUUGACGCUAAUUAAGGAGGCACUUCCGGAAGGUGAGGCCUUGCCCAAAAAUUUUCAUGGGGCCAAAAAGUUUGUGAGAGCCAUUGGUAUUGGAUAUAAUAGUAUAGAUGCAUGCAAAAACGAUUGCAUUCUAUUUAGGAAGGAACAUGCAGAUGCCAUAUCAUGUCCAGUGUGUGGCACAAGUAGAUGGAAGAGCGUAAAUACCGGAGUUGAUGGAAGGCGUGUCCACAAGGUGCCUCAAAAGGUGGUUCGUCAUUUCCCGCUAAAGAAGAGACUCCAAAGGUUGUUCGCUUCUACAAAGACGGCAUCAGAUAUGAGGUGGCACAGCGAAGGCUGCACAAAGGACGGCUUGAUACGACACCCAGCUGGUUCACCUGCAUGGAAACACUUUGAUGCUAUUCACAAAGACUUCAGUUCAGAAGUUUGCAAUGUUAGAUUUGGAUUGGGAGCUGAUGGUUUCAACCCUUUUGGAAAUAUGAAUCUCUCAUAUAGCAUAUGGCCUAUCAUCUUGAUCCCCUACAACCUUCCUCCAUGGAUUUGUAUGAAGCAAUCAAACUUUAUCCUCUCUGUCAUCAUUCCUGGUAAAAAAUCUCCAGGGAAAGACAUGGAUGUUUACAUGCAGCUGACCAUAGACGAUCUUCUGGAGCUUUGGAAUGAUGGAGUUCUAAAGGAUGCUAGGUUUCCUGAGGGCUAUGCAUCCAACUUGCACAACAAAGUGGAUAUGAAUUCCAGAGCUGAAGAAGAUGUUGACUUAAGGAGCCAUGAGGGAAGUGGUGAGGAAACUGAAUCAGAAGAUGAAGAAGAUGACGGUGAACAUGGUGAUGAAACUGAAUCGGAAGAUGAAGAAGGUGAGUCUGGACAAGAAGAUGAACAUGAACAAGAAGAGGAAGUUCGACAAGAACAGGAGCAAACACAUGGUUAG